UUUAUUAUGGAAAACUGCCACAUACUGCUCUUUGCGUUACUUUGUGUCGUAAUUUGACGUCAUCUGGAUAUUGCCACAGUUACUAAAAAUAUUUUAAAUACUCCACGCAUCGAAUAUUCUAGAAUUCACAACGAAAAUAUAUCUAGUUGAACAGAACUAACAUGGAGACGAAACGGGACUCUUUCUUUAAGAAAGGCAAGAAACAAAAGCCUGAUAAAAAUAAGGGGGAUAAAAAUAAAAAGCAGGAACGCCAGAAAGUUUUUGAUGAAAAUCGCAAUGGGGUGCAGGAUGUUAGAGAUGAAAAGAAACCAUUUGACAAAAAAGCAUACAGGUUGAAGAAAUACAGCAAAAAAUAUAAGUUGGAGCAAUGGGAGGAGCAGCGGAAGAAGAGGCUGAUGCAUGACUACCAGAAGAUGUUGAAAAACGAACAAGUAAGUGGCACUUACAAGUCCAAAACAUUCGAUGAAGACGAACCCGACGGUGAUUCAGAGGUCGGUAAGUUUGUGAGGCAUCCAGAUCUCAUGAAAAAUGAUCAAGCUAGCCAGAAAACGAAGAAAGAUCCAUUCGCUAAAGCCAAAGAGCAGUUCAAUAAAGUCAAACAGGAUAAAAUUGACAAGAAACAGGCUUUAGAGCAAGCCAAGCAAGAAAGAAUGCAAAAGAUGCAAGAAUACAAGAAGAAGAAGCAAGAGAGAUUCAAGAAGUUAAGCAAGAAGAAUAAAAAAGGUCAGCCAGUUAUGACGGGUAGAUUGGAAUUGUUGUUAGAGAAGAUACAAAGCACCAAAUGAAUUUUUAUUCACAUAACAAGUGAUUUUUUUUAUAAAUCCUACCGAUAAUAUACAUAUUUAGUUUGCCGUCUUUACUUAUAAUUUGAUGUUAUUGUGUCGACAUCAGUGUUAUUUAGAUUUUAUAAUAAAUCCUGUUUAAUUAAA